GACAAUUUAAACCAUUCUAGUGCUGUCCGGCCAAAACAGAGUGUUCAUUUCAGCGGUCUCUGUCCUGGUGUGUAGGUCAUUUUGGUAAGAAGACAGAGAUUCCCAACUGGGAUUGGCUCACAAGCUCUGUUUUCAAACUGGGUCUCACUCCAAACCUGCAAUGGAGAGAUAAUGGCUUAAACCACGGAAGUUUGGCCCAAUUCGGCUUUAUUUACUGUAUUGAAGCAGCAAGGAAUUGGUUCAGUCUGUGUGAUUUGCUGUAAUUUAUGAUGUCAGUCUCGGAGAAAUCUCGGCCGAGCUCGUCUGCUUCUUCUUCAUCUUCAGUUUCAGUCAAUGAAUUUGAUCCAUUGCUGAAAGAUUUGAAUGAGAAGAAGCAGAGCUUUCGCCGGAACGUGGUGUCGUUGGCGUCGGAGCUGAAGCAGGUUCGGAGCCGCUUAGCUUCUCAAGAGCAAUCAUAUGUUAGAGAAACUCUCACAAGACAGGAAGUAGAGACAAAAGCUAAAAACAUGGAAGAGGAGAUUGGUAGAUUGCAGAAGAGAUUGGAACAAAGAAAUGUGCAGCUUGAGGAUUCCACAUCUAAAACUGAAAAGAAGUGCCUCACAGAGUUGGAUGGUCUGAGAUCACAACUUGCAGCCACUCAAGCAACUGCAGAUACUAGUGCUGCAUCAGCUCAAUCGGCACAGCUCCAAUGUCUAGCACUUGUAAAGGAAAUAGAUCAAAAGAAUUGUUCCUUGAAAGAGCAAGAUGAACGUAUAAUUAGGCUAGGAGAGCAAUUAGACACACUACAGAAGGAUCUUCAGGCAAGAGAGUCUUCGCAAAAGCAACUGAAAGAUGAUGUUCUGAGAAUUGAGCAGGACAUUAUGCAGGCUGUUGCACAAGCGGGGGUGAACAAGGAUUGUGAGCUGAGGAAAAUAUUAGAUGAAGUUUCUCCAAAGAAUAUUGAGAGGCUUAAUAAUCUUUUAGUUAUAAAGGAUGAAGAAAUAGGAAAACUGAAAGAUGAAAUCAGGAUAAUGUCCGCUCACUGGACGCUCAAAACUAAGGAGUUAGAAGCACAGUUGGAGAGACAACGGCGAGCUGAUCAGGAACUGAAAAAGAGGGUAUUGAAAUUGGAGUUCUGCCUUCAGGAAGCUCGAGCUCAAACAAGAAAGCUUCAAAGGAUGGGGGAGCGAAGAGACAAAGCUCUGAAAGAGCUCAGAGACCAGUUACAACAACAGGGUGCAAGUGGAGCUUCAUCUGCCGAAAGACCAAACUUUUGGGAAACCUCUGGUUUCAAAAUCGUGGUUUCCAUGUCGAUGUUCGUCUUGGUUGUCUUCUCAAAGCGAUGAAAUAGUUGCUGUAUAACUGCUCUGUAUAAAAAGUAUGAAACUUUAGUUUUAGUCGAGGAAUUAGGAAUAGCUGCAGAGGGCAUUUUGCUUGUAGAACUGCAAAUGCAUAUCGUAGAGCUUCUCCUUAUGUAUGAUCAGUAGCAGGGACUCAUUUUUUUCUCCCGUUGAACCACAUUGUUAGUGUAUGUAUGGAUAUUGAAUCUGUGUAUGGCAUUGUGGCCUCUACAUUGAACUCUGCAUUAUAGUAGCAAGUUUCAUAUUGAUAGA